AUGGGACAACAACCACCACACAUCAUCAUAAUCCCACCACCUUUCCAGGGCCACAUAAACCCUUCGGUCCAGCUAGCCCUGCACCUCGCCGCCAAGCGCUUCGUCGUCACUUUCGUCAACACCCAAUUCAUCCACCAUCGGAUCAAAUCGGCAAGAAAAAUCGACGGUGAAGAUUUGUUCGCCCGAGCACGCGGGUCGGGUCUUGACAUCCGGUACAGGACGAUUAGCGACGGGUUUCCCCUGUCGUUUGACCGGUCUUUACACCGGGAGCAGUUCAUGAUGGGCCGGAUCCACGUCUUACCGGCCCAUGUAGACGAGGUUGUGGGUGAGCUCGUGGGCUUCGAUCCCCGGCCCGGUUGCUUGGUCGCUGAUACUUUUUCGACUUGGGGCUAUGAUGUGGCCCGGAAGUAUGGGCUCGUGUUUGUUUCCUUGUGGACUCAACCGGCGGCGGUUUUGUCGAUUUACUGCCACGUGGACGUGUUGAGGGAAAAUGGAAACCGAUACCUCAUCACCGAUGCACCGAGUAAUCCACAAAGCCUUUUUGGAUGUGAAAAAAGCCGAUUUCAUCGUCUGCAAUACCGUGGAAGAGCUCGAGCCCGAACCAAUUUCCGCGCUGAAUGA